AUGUUCACAGCCUUCCAGGUUGUAACUCCAAAGGAAAUAUAUUAUGUUUGGUCAGAUGUUACUCUUUCUCUUAAUUUCUUCUUUUUUUUCUGUUUUUCUUUCACCUUCUCUAUCACUUACCUUUUUCCUUUCUAUUUACUACCAACCCCACUCCUUUUCCAUUUUCUCUUUCGUUCUUUCUUUGUUUUUCGCAUUUCUUUCUGCAUUUUACUCUUCUCUGUCUUCGUCCCUUUUCUGAUAAUCCUUUCUUUUUCUUUCUUUCUUUCUUUCUUUCUUUCUUUCUUUCACCUUCUCUAUCUCUUACCCUUUUCCUUUCUAUUUACUAUCUCCUCCUAUCUUUUAUUUUAUUUUUCUUCAAUUUCUAUCAUUUCUUUCUGCAUUUUGCUCUUCUUUGUCUUCCUCCUUUUUCAGAUAAUCUUUCUUUCUUUCAUUCUUUCUUUCUUUCACCUUCUCUAUCUCUUACCUUUUUACUUUCUCUUUACUAUCCCCUUCUAUUUUUUUUUCAUUGCAUUCAAUUUUUGUCAUGACUCUUUCCCAUUUUCUCUUUCGGUCUUUCUUUGUUUUUCUCUUUUCUUUCUGCAUUUUGCUCUUCUCUGUUUUCCUCCUUUUUCUCAUAAUCCUUCUUCUUUUCUUUCUUUCUUUCUUACUUUCACCCUCUCUAUCUUUUACCUUUUCCCUUUCUCUUUACUAUCCACUCAUAUCUUUUAUCUUUUGCCUUCAAUUUUUGUUAUAACUCUUUUCUAUUUUCUCUUUCGGUCUUUCUUUGUUUUUCUCUUUUCUUUCUGCAUUUUGCUCUUCUCUGUUUUCCUCCUUUUUCUCAUAAUCCUUCUUCUUUUCUUUCUUUCUUUCUUUUCUUUCACCCUCUCUAUCUUUUUACCUUUUCCCUUUCUCUUUACUAUCCACUCAUAUCUUUUCUCUUUUGCCUUCAAUUUUUGUUAUAACUCUUUUCUAUUUUCUCUUUCGGUCUUUCUUUGUUUUUCUCUUUUCUUUCUGCAUUUUGCUCUUCUGUCUUCCUCCUUUUUCUGA